GUUUAAUACAAACGAUUCUGACGUGAUGAAACCGAAAGUGCGCAGAAGUCGGGUUUCCAGCAGGCGUUGUCCCGUGAAACGGGCAAAAACAAAAGACUUCCGAUAAGAUGGAGAAGCCAGAGAUGGAGGAGCCUCAGUGCUCUCAGAGUGCCGAGAACGAAACGGUCCAGACUGAGCAAGGAAAAAGGAUUCGUCAUAAGCGGAGGUCUAUUUCACCUAGUCAAGUUUCAGUGAAGAGCGAUGAUUCAAUGAUGCACCCGAUUUCUUUUCCUUCAGGCAAAAGAGUUCGAAAGGCUUCACCAACACCAGACCAUCUUUCUGUGAAGAGCGAAGUCUCAAUGAUGCAACCACUACACUUCAGUCAAGGAGAACAGCAGAAAUAUACAAGAGUUCGAAAGGCUUCACCAACACCAGACCAUCUUUCUGUGAAGAGCGAAGUCUCAAUGAUGCAACCACUACACUUCAGUCAAGGAGAACAGCAGAAAUAUACAAGAGUUCGAAAGGCUUCACCAACACCAGACCAUCUUUCUGUGAAGAGCGAAGUCUCAAUGAUGCAACCACUACACUUCAGUCAAGGAGAACAGCAGAAAUAUACAAGAGUUCGAAAGGCUUCACCAACACCAGACCAUCUUUCUGUGAAGAGCGAAGUCUCAAUGAUGCAACCACUACACUUCACUCAAGGAGAACAGCAGAAAUAUACAAGUGAGCUAUUUGAUGAGGUAUUGAAGUGCUCAAUUUGUACUGAGCUCUUAAAGGACCCGGUCUCUACAUCUUGCGGACACACGUACUGCAGACCGUGCAUCACCAAAUAUCAGGCCCAGUCUGAACAUGGAGAAAAUGCUUGCCCAAAGUGUGGGAAAACAUCUGGCUCGUGUUCCGUCCUACACACAAAUAACGCUGUAGCAGAGUUGGUACAGAAAAUCAAGCUGGCGCAACAUAGUUCUGCUGACGUUAUGGAGACUGACGACGUGGAACUAAGAUUCUGUCAGGAGCACCUCAAAGCUCUGGUUAUGUUCUGCAAAACUGACCUGGCAUCCAUUUGUUCGGAGUGUGCCGUGAAGGAGCAUAGAGAACAUGAAAAACAAUACACUAAGCUCUCAACAGUUCCCAAUACUCUGACCACGCUACAGAACAUACUGGGUAGCUUUACAGCCUCAGAGUUUCGGGAGUUUAAAAGAAAUUUGAGUUACGAAUACCCAGAAUGCUUUGGGACGUUGCAAGCUAAUUGUAGCACUCGGGAUGUUGCUGAAAGGCUGAUGAGAGGUUUCUCCGAGGAUGAAGUUCUGAAAGUCACACUCCAGUUGGCAUCAAUCAAGCCUGUAUCCAAAUGUCAAGAAAAAAUCAAGGAAAAACUCCGAAGGAAAUUUCAACAUAUUCACGAAGGACUUGCACUACCAAGGACACAAGUUGUGUUGCAUGACAUUUACACAAAGCUCUACAUCACUGAAUGUGGAAGUGAUGCAGUCAGAGAGGAGCAUGAAGUGAGACUAAUUGAGAAAGCUGGCAAAAACUGUAGCAAACGAGAAACCCCCGUUAAGGUAACAGACAUUUUUAAGUCACCGAGCGAUGAUAUCAGAACCGUUUUAACCAAAGGUAUUGCUGGGAUUGGUAAAACGGUGUCUGUUCAGAAGUUCAUGCUAGACUGGGCAGAAGAUACUGCCAAUCAAGACAUUGACCUCAUAAUUCCUCUGUUUUUCCGUGAUCUCAACCUCGAGAAGGAAGACUGCAGUCUGAUGGCGCUUUUGUGGAGAUUUUUUCCCGAGCUCAAAGAUAUCGAAAGUGUCGAGAAUGGCAUUAAGAUUUUGCUGGUUUUGGAUGGUCUGGAUGAAUGUCGAAUCCGCUUAGACUUUCAAAACACAAGGACAUGCCAUGAUAUCAUGGAGUCAACAUCGAUGGAUGUCCUUCUGACAAAUCUAAUCAAAGGUAAUCUACUGCACAGAUCUCUCCUGUGGAUCACCUCUCGUCCGGCCGCGACCAAUCAGAUACCGUCUCAGUGUGUACAGCGGGUGACUGAAGUUAGAGGCUUCAACGAUCCACAGAAAGAAGAGUACUUUCGCAAGAAGUGUAAGGACGAUCAUAUGGCCAACGUGAUGAUUAAGUACGUGAAGUCAUCUCGAAGCAUGCACAUCAUGUGCCACAUCCCGAUCUUCUGCUGGAUUACGGCAACCGUCCUGGACGUACUGAUAAGAGACAACGAAAUCGGUGACGUUCCAAGAAAUCAGACUCACCUGUACAUACAUUAUCUACUCAUACAGGUAGGUUUGAAGAACAGGAAGUACCAGAAAGCCAUGAACGAAGAUCUGCGCGAGUUGACGCAGAGUGACAAAAGGAUGAUUUUGAACUUGGCGAAAUUAGCUUUCCAGGGGAUGGAGAAGAACACCCUGAUCUUCUAUGACGAUGACCUGAAGGAGUGUGGGAUCGACAUCAACGAGGCAUCCGAGUUCUCCUCUCUGUGCACACAGCUGUUUAGAGAAGAGUUUGGAUUGUACAGAGAGCGAGUCUUCUGCUUCCUACACCUGAGUGUACAGGAGCAUCUGGCUGCCAUUCACGUCCUGUGCCGAUUUCUGAACGGAGGCGUAAAUGUUCUUGCUUCACACGGCAGUGACCCCGCAGCGCAGAAGACGACGCUGACAGACGUACUCAAGAGCGCAGUGGUCAAGGCUUUAGGAAACAAGCGUGGGCAUUUUGACCAGUUUCUACGAUUCCUUCUGGGCCUUAUUACCGAGCGUAGCAGGAAGCUCAUACAGGGUCUUUUGCCUCAGCUGCGAAAAGAAUCCCUUCGAAACGAUGAAAUUGUCCAAUUCAUUAAAGAUAAGAUCGGUGAGGAAGACAGAACAGAGACGCAGACGAUUAACCUUUUCCACUGCUUGAAUGAAAUGGGUCACAAUUGUGUGGUGAAGGAUAUCCAGGAGAGUUUGCAUUCUGGUACACUCCAUGAUAAGAAAUUAAACCCAGAGCAGUGUUCAGCCCUGGCCUUUGUACUAUUGAUGUCCGAGGAUGUAAUGGAAGUCUUCGACCUAAGGAAAUACAAGACGAUACAAGCAUCCAGUCGUCAAAGGUUACUCCCUAUCAUCAGGGCAUCGAAGCAGGCAAUACUCUGUGACUGUGAACUCUCAGAUAAAGCAUGUGAGAUUGUGGCAUCUGCACUCCGUAUAGCAAAUUCUAACUUAAGAGAACUAGAUCUGAGUGUCAACAACAUAGAAGAUGCAGGACUGGUGGAUCUCUGCAAAGGGCUGCAAAGCCCACACUGUCAACUUGAGAUAUUGAGACUGGCGGACUGCAAUAUUACAGACAAGUCCUGUGGAAGAUUAGCAUCUGCACUCGAGAGCGCCGAGUCCCACCUUCAAGAGUUAGACCUCUCUCGAAACAAACUGACCGACAAAGGGGUGAUGAUGCUCGAACCGUGGUUCAAAAGUGAGCGGUGUAAAGUGAAAAGGCUGAGGUUACAACAGUGCCACCUCACAAAGAGUUACUGCACGCACCUAGCUGCGUUGCUUUCAUCCUCCGCAAAGCAAAUGGAUCUGGAUCUGACAGGAAAUGACCUGCAAGAUUAAAAAGGAUUGCACACGAUGCAAACGGAGGAAUUUUUUUUUUCUACCUGUAUACUAACCGAAUGCAAAGACGUUAUUCGGAUUGAACAGAUAAUGCGUUGUAAAUGCAAACGAGCACGGGUACAAAGAGUAGGUGGAGUAUUUAAAAAAAAAAAAAAAAAAUUCACAUAGUAAGCUUAACAGCCUCACACUAGUUUGUAUGCAUUGGGAUCCUGCAAGGAUUUUAAUUUUAUGUGCAGCAUUAAAGGGCUCAUUGCUGAAGCUUGUGGGCAGGGUUGCCAGGUUUCACCAAAAUUCCCACUCUAGGCACGACUCAAAAACCGCAUAAAAACGCGUGAUUUCACAAAAUAACAGGCAUGCGGUAUGAAAAGGUAACCUUGGCAACCUCGCUGACAGAGUAAAUACAUUUACAAUUCGCUAACAUGAUAAUAAUAGGAGACGCACUAUUACGUUUCAGCCUGAGCUAGUAGUGGAAAGUGCUUUGGAGUCUCUAUCAGAAACACAUCGUCAUGCUACAGUACACAGUUCACUAGGUCAGGGACUAAGAGUACCAUCGAAAACAUUUUGUGAAAACCCAGUCGUUUAUAUUAUUGGUAUUAAUUAAAUAGCAAUAUGAAAAAUACACUAAGCGAG